GCUACACUGAUAAGCAAAUGCCUUUUGGCCUGCAACGACAUUGGAUAAUAUCGCACUCGAAUUCCGCGGAUUCCUUGCAUUCCAGGGAUCCUACGAGAGGCACCAGCUCAACUGGACUGUAAGCGGGUCCAAAUCAAACAGCUGCCAUGGCCACCCACAUUACCCGGCGGCACACAACGCCACUUCUACUUUUCAUCCUAAACCCCCUGUUUGUUCUCCUGCUCGCAUUGGGAGCCGCAAGCAGUGAGAAGGUGCUACAGGAGGCCGCUUUUAUUGGUCUGCAGGAGCCAGGAGCCUCCCGCGAGCUGGGGGAACUGCUCCAGGAUUUGCGUCUGAUGCCGCCGCGCCUGGACUUUGGAACCUGGUCGGUGGGCCAAGCCCGAUCUCAAACCGUGACGCUGUUCAACCAGCAUGCAAACCGAACGCUGCAGAUCAAUGCCGUGGUCGGACCGAAUCCUGCUUUCUACAGCAGUUUUCUGGGCACGCGGGAGGUGGCGCCAAAGGGAAACACAACGUUUACCGUCGUCUUCCUGCCGCGACACUUAGGUGCCAUUGCCGGCGACCUUCUCGUCCACACAUCCUUCGGUCAAGCCGAACUGGCGGUGCAGGGCGAGGGCAGUGAGUGCCCCUAUCGCCUUAAGCCACUAGUGGGCAUCAAAGCGCCUAUGAACUCCACGCUAACGCCCGAGAUUCAUAUGUACAAUCCGCAUGAGAGGCCGCUCCAGAUACUGGAAAUUUACAGCAGCGGCGGCGAAUUCCAGUUGGAAUUACCAAGCGGGGGCUCGGAAGGACCGCAAAAUCUAUGGGAGAUUCCUCCGUACACCAUGAAGCCGGUUAUACGGAUUUCAUUUCAUGGCCGCACCGCCGGAAAUCACAGCGCCUAUAUUCGCAUCAAGAUCGCCGAGCAGGAACUGGAUCUCGGGCAGGAAAACAUCCUUGUGAUUCCCGUGGAGUUUGAAAUCCUGCCUCGCCACUCUGCCUACGCCAGGAAUCCCCUGGCCGACCUUGGGCGAAUAGCGAAACUAAACACGCCGGAUGUCCUGCGCUACAAGCUCGAUAUCGUUAAUGAUCACAACUACACGCUCCUUGGCCGCUAUCUGCGCCAGGUGGCCGGGCUGAUGUUCAAUGUGAACAGCUCAACCAUUGAACUGGAUCCCCAGUUGUUCGACAGUAGCGAGUCCAUCAACGAUAUCCUCGUAAUUGGUGCUCAGGACGUCGAAGACUUCACCAUCGUUGUGAGAGCAGAGAUCUUUCAAGGCGGCCUGUCCUACGACGGGAAUAUAACCAGGUUUUUGACCAGCUCACCGGAGGGCGAGGAGGGGCCAACGCUGGAAACUAACCGCUCCUUGGUGGUGACCAAUCAGUUUCUGGUGCCGCUCAUCCUGUUCAACGUCAGUUUCAGCAAACCCAUCGAUGAAUCCAUUCUGGAGGUACUCCAGACCGUCGAACCCCAACUGCUACUGAAGCCUGGGGAGUCUGUGGAGCUGCUCCGCCUAAACCUACUGAACCGUCAGGUGGGAUUUGAAUCGUCCAUCAGAAUACACACGAAUGUAACUACGAUUGAGCUGCCCUUAGUGUCGUGCACUGGCCGCUUGCACGUGAGCACUCAGCCAUUUGUCCUUAAGAUACCUCCGGACAACAGAGAGGCGCCGUAUAGUACGGACUUGGAUCUGGGCACUGUGCCGUUUGCCGAAAUGUCGCGCUUUGGAUAUGUAAUCCUGCGCAACGACAAUCCAGUGCCGGUGAAGAUCAACAACUGGUUCUUCAAGCAGCCGAAAAUGGUCUAUUCGACGUCAGUCUUUCUAGGCUGCCUGCUUGCCGGAGAUCACAUCACUGAAGACUUAAACAGUGCCCGGAACGAAAGUAGCCGAUGGCUUAGCAUCUGCUCGGAGGUAAGUCCGGGCUCCAGUGUCGUCAUUAAGGUAGCUGUUCAGACAUACGACGCGGAUCCCAGCUCCGGAACGCUUAAAGUUUGGACGCCCUUCGAGGUGAUUCGAGUGAGAGUUCGGUUUGCAGCUUCGGUGGGCCAACUGGAGAUUGAACAGGAGCAUCUCGGUUUCAAGGGCUGUUUUCCGGGCAGGAUAUGCACGGGACUGCUAAGCAUACGCUCCACCUUUACACACCCAGUGCACGUCACUAGCGUCUCCUUCGCCCAUUCUGCCGGCCUGCGCUUCAAAGACUUUAACGCCAAAGGAACCACCAUAGCCCCACAAACGCUAACCAAGGUGGGUCGCAUCUACUUCGAGGCAGCGGCUAUGUGCCGGAAUCAGUGCUACAUAAGGGAGUCCACCAAUGAGCAGGCCAUCUUUCCCGGAGUGCCAGGAGGCUCGGAGAGUAUCGCGGGCGAGAGCAUCAACAACAAUCUUCUGUAUGACGGAGUCGAGCUGCGCCAGCGCACAGAGCUCUUCCGCCAGCUGCGCCGCCAGCUAGCUGCCAUGUCUUUAACUCUUCAUACUGAAGAGUUGCCGCCAUUGGAGCUGGACUUCUCCAUCACCAUCGAGUGGCCCAAGCUAGUGCAGUUCCAGCCCAUUCCUCCAACGCCCGCUAUCGAGGUGGGCCAGGUGCAGCGCCAGUGGAUAACGCUGACGAAUCCCGCACAGCACCCCAUCUUGAUUGACUACUUCCUGUCGGAUCCAGUCUUUGCCCGACGCACACAACUCUCACUGCCCCACGAGGUGAUUGACGUGAGCUCCACCACUUGCUACCUUACGGAUAAAAGCGUCUUUUCCCUGCCAGAGCCGGGAGCUCCGAUCCUCCUGCAAGGCGGAGCGUCCUUGACCAUACCCAUAACCUUCACCGCUCAAGUAGCGGAAAAGUACUGCACACUGCUGCACGUGAGGAGCAACCUGACUCUGUACGAAGCUGUGUGGUUGCAGGCCAAAGCAGUGCAGUCCCAGUUUCGCUUUGGAAACCGUCGUCCUGGCUCCACCACACCACUGCUCUUCGAGCUGGGCACGGAUCAGUUUAAGGGAUGCGACGUCGGUGGAAGAGCUAGCACAGUUGUGGCCACUCGCAGCUUUACGGCACGGAACUCCGGAGUGAUUCCCAUGAGGAUCGAAGGUUUCUUGAUUGGCUCCCUUCCUUGCGAAGACUUUGGCUUCAAGGUCAUGGAUUGCGAAGGCUUCGAUCUGGGCGAGAACGACACCAAAAAGGUUGAGAUAUCAUUCAGCUCCGACUUCACCGCCUCGCGAGUAAAGCGCUCCAUAACGCUUCUGACGAACCUCACGUACGACAUCAGUUAUCAGCUUCUUGUCCAGAUGCCGGCCGAAAGCGUGGAACUCUGUGCCUCCCAGCUGGCGAGGCCCCGGUGGGAGUUCUCCCUUAAGAACGCUGCUCUGGUAGUGCUUCUGGCCAGUUUCGGCCUGGUCCUCGUGGCGGCCGUAUUCGAUGCCAAGGCUAUACUGACGCAGCAAAGUGCUUACGAUGCAGCCAGGCACAAGGGUCCUGUCCAGCCCACAUUCAACCUGAGGAAUAUAGUGAAGCAACAGGUCGAGGAGGCGGCGGAAAAGACCACGGAUCCGGUGCAGCACAAUAAGGUGAAGAAUGGCCAGCUUAAGGAGCUUCGAAAACGGAAUGGAGUUCCAUCGAUUCCUUCGAAAAAGACGAAGUCGUCGUGGUCACCCUGGAACAUGGACGUGAACUCGAUAAGCAGGCACUUGCAGAAAACGAAACCAAAGCCCACAACUCCACCUAGUGCCCAGCCAGAGGCCAGGUCCGGUAAGAAGUCCUCGACCCCCUCACCGCAAGCGGCUCCAGCUCAGGCGACAGUGUCAGCUUUUGUGCGUCCCCAAAAGAAGGUCAAACCGACUUCGGUUGUUCCGCCUGUAGUUCAGCCCGUAUCACCCAAGCCCAAGCCGGAAGCUGCCCUCCCCUCCUCCGUUGUUGAGGAAAAACCAAGUCCUCCGCAACGCGACAACACAUCACCAAAGCCAGCGAUGAAGUCCAUAGAACCGCGGGUACUCAAGGAGCAGAAUGGAUCGGCAAAAAAAGUGGGAAAGACCCCGGGAAGAGAAAGGGAGCGGGAGCGGCGCAAGGAACAGAAGCUGCUGAAUGGCACCGGUGGAGCCAAGAAGCCCGAAAAGAAACAGCGCCAGAAAUUGAACUUUAACCAGACAACUGGUUCCGGUGUUUCUCCUCCAGCGUCGCCAAAUGACAUAAAGUUCAUCACCUCGGCAUGGGAGACCAGCAGUUCCGUGUCUUUCCGGGAUGUCCUACAAAAAAAUCAAUUUUCCAACCCAAAUAAUGGCAUGGAUUGGAGCCAGCAGGCGCCUUCGAGUGAUCUCGGUCCGAUCGGGGAUAAUAGGAAGACUGCAACGCCUCCGGCAAUCACAUCCAUGUGGGAGCCACUCUCUGCGACGGCCAGUAAUUCGCUAUUCGCCAACGGAGAGGUGGACCUGCCCAAAGAAGACGCUUCCUACGAACUACUACAGCGGCAGCAGUGGGAACGCAGUAGGCUCGUUUUGCAGCAGCAGAUGCUCUACCAGCAGGCUCAGCACUUGGAGCUGCAGCAACAGGAGCGGGUCGCCAAUAUGGAAACAAAUAACUGGGCCAAUCCCUGGUUGCCGCUAAACUAUGCUGCCUGGCCGGAGUCUACACCUAAUAUGGGUGUAAUGCGCCCUCCGCCGGGCUUGGAGGCACGACCUCUGUUGACACCGCAGCACAACCUUGCACAAGAUGAGCAAAUAGAUCCUAGGAUCAUAGCUAUGAGACAAGAGAGCUUGCCCACGCAGUACGAUCCCUUUACCUCGCCCAGCUCGAUCUGGUCAGACACCUGGCGACAGUCCUCGAAGCGUAAUAACCAUAUUGAUUAAAGGGA